UUGCUGGCAUUCGCCGAGGGUUUGCCCCAACGCAUUGGUGCCUGCACGGGCACAGCCUCGUUGUGGGGUGGUGCCUUUGAAGAUGGGGCAGUGCGCCUUGGUGCGGCAACUGGAAGUUGUAUUUUGUGUCUUCUGGUGCCCAAGGCAUCGGCGCGCCUUGAGCACAAGUGCGGUCACGGGGCGUCUCCGCGGAUGGCGCGUCGCGUGGCCGUUACUUCAUUUCUGAAGGCUUGGCGGAAGGGGCUCAACUUGCGAGGGUGCGGCGGCCGCGGGGCCCUAACUUUUGCCACCUUGUGCGUUCACGACGUGGGCCCAGGUGUCGUGGGUUGGUGUGUGGAGCAAUUGGCUUGCUGGUGUGUGGGUGCGUGA